AUGGGGAGCGAAGAUGCGGAGAGUCUGUGGAGAAGAGAGGUUGGACAAGGUGAAGGAAGGAGGAGAGAAUGGGUCGGACCGGGUGAAAGUGGACCAAAGGAGUUUGGGUCUUCGGUGGAGAUGUUCGAUUACUUCUACAAAGCUCUGCACUUCUGGCCUCCCAGUCUGAACGUUAACAAGUACGAGUACAUGGUGUUGCUGGACUUGAUUAAGAAAGGUCAUCCUGAGCCUGCCAGAAAGAUUGGCAAAGGUAUCCAAGCAUUCCAAGUUCGAUUUCAUCCAUUGUUCAAAAGUAGAUGCUUCUUUGUUGUUAGAGAAGACGAAAGUGUGGACGAUUUUAGCUUCAGGAAAUGCGUGGCACCAAAUACUUUGCUUCACCAGCACGAUAUGAAGAUGAAGUCUGAUAACAACAGGACAAAGAAUGGUGGCGGGGGUAAGGGUCGUGGGGGGAAAUUCGGUGGUGGCAAAGGUGGGCAUGGCCGUGGAAGAGGUGGUAAAUCCAGACAUUAAUGCAGUGGAAGAAGGUGGUCGAUAUGGAGUAUAUGGAUGAUAUGUGGAAGCAGUAUUUUAGUUUUCUAAUCAUUUAAAUGAAUCUUCUAUCCAGGUAAAACUGAUGAACCAUUAAGAUUUUGUCUUGGAUGCAAUUUGCAUAAUGUUCGUUAUGAUUUUGUGGUCAA